AGCAGCUCCUUUCAUAUUCAAGGUGCGGCUUCACUCAACAGGUGUCUGAGUCAGGACAUCUACAACGUCUCUUAACGGAUUUUUAAAAACAUUUCUAAUACAUUUUUGUGAAUUUAACCGAUUCAGUCGGAGGACUACAGAAACCGCGCUAUUUUUGGAACAAUUAUAGCUCUUUGCCGAACUGUUGCUUCCAGACAUCAAACAGAUAUAGUUUCAGACUAGUUCAUCUUUUUAAGUUCACUGUGAGAAGAUGGCAAAUAAAGGACUGCAGCUCCUGGGAUUUACUCUAUCGGUUCUGGGUUUGAUUGGGCUCAUUGUUGGCACUAUCUUGCCUCAAUGGAAGAUGUCUGCCUACGUUGGAGAUAAUAUAAUCACAGCGGUGGCGAUGUAUCAAGGCCUUUGGAUGUCGUGCGCAUUUCAGAGCACCGGACAAAUCCAGUGCAAGGUGUACGACUCCAUCCUACAACUCGAUGGUGCUCUCCAGGCAACUCGUGCCCUGAUGAUUGUAGCAAUCCUUUUCACAGUAGCGGGACUGGGUGUGGCCAGCAUGGGCAUGAAGUGCACUAACUGUGGUGGUGAUGACAAGGUCAAAAAGUCCCGCAUUGCAAUGACAGGCGGUAUAAUCCUCAUUGUUGCAGCCCUUUGUAGUAUUGUUGCCUGUGGCUGGUUUACACAUCAAAUCGUCCGGGAUUUCUACAACCCCUUCACACCUGUCAAUACAAAGUAUGAGUUUGGUGCAGCCAUUUUCAUUGCCUGGGCAGGUGCAUUCCUAGACGUAAUGGGUGGAGGCAUGUUGGCCGCCACGUGCCCAAAGGGUAAACCAUCUCCCAAGUACCCCAAGUCCUCCAGACCACCCAGCAGCAGCAGGGAGUACGUUUGAGCCCCAUCAAAUCUACAAGCCGAAGAAGUCCAUAACGAAUCACGGAGCAUGUGCAGAAGUUCCCCUAGUCAGCUGAUCUGAGAUCUGUUUAGAUUGUAAUUUUUUUUUUAAUUGUGGUUGACUUAGAAUAGAACAAACUACUCAGAUCAGUGUUCUCGGGUAACUUUUAUUCACGCUCGGUACAGCAGCCCACCUCAGAAAAAAGGUCACUUCUGUUUUCUUUUGAUAAGCACCAAGUCUUUUUUUUUUUUUUUUUUUUUUCCCUUCCUAUUUUGAAUCCUGUUGCUGAUUGUGAGUUUGGAAAGGGGUUCUUCCUCAGUGUGUUCCUCAUUUCAUAAGACUGCCAUGUUUAGUGAACAUGAAAGAAGGAGGCAUGCUCAGGGAAAAAUCAUCACUUGUACUGCUAUGUUACACUGCAUCACUGCUUAUUGCUGGAAAGCCAUGUCCUGACCUCACCAUCUGCCUUGCUUGUUGUGUGCAUCAUCUAAUGAAUUGUGCCAGACACUGAGGUGCAUGAGAAGAACAACAUGCAUUUAUUGUAUAUGUGUAUAUAUAUAUUUAAAAAAAAUUUUUUUUAAAGGGCUAAUAAUAAUAAUAAUAAUAAUAAUAAUAAUAAUAAUAAUAAUUAUAAGAGCUAUAAUUUCUAGUUCACUUUGCUGCAUGAUUUCAGUCUGGUCCCUGUGCCAUCAGACCGUCUCUUUUAACAAAUUCAAAUUAUACUUAAUUUUAUACAAAUCGAUUUUUUUUUAAUGUAUAAAAUUACUGAACUAGUCCAAGAGAACUCGUUUAUGUAAAGUAGUGUUAUACUGAUGGCACUAGAAUUAAAUUGCAGGUGAAAAACAAAAGUUUGACUUGGUUUAGAAUAUGAUAAAGAAGGCACUAAACUUUGCAGUUUUGCAGAUUGGUCUGUUUCUUUUACUGAGCAACAUGAUCAAUGUUUUUUUGUAAAUCAAAGAAAUGGCUCUUAUUUAUGCAAAGUUAAACUUAACCUUAGCUUUUGUGCUCCAGCUCCUCAGUGUCCUAAUUGUUGCAUGUGCACAAUUAUAAAGCUAAUGUUACAAAAUGUUUUGAUACUUCUUUCUUGUAUUUAUACAGUUUUAUCAUAGCUGGUUACAAAUUAGAGGUCAAAUUAGGUCUUUUUCUAUCUGUCCACAACAUGAAACUUAACUCUGACCUUUUUUCUUUCUUUUUUUUUUUUUGCUCUGGUCUUUGUGCUUGGACCACUUGAGAUGGGUUGCUCUCAAGUCUGUUUAGGAGUUUAAGUAAAUUUAGGUUGCAUUAUACUUGAUUUGUGACCAGCUUAUGCAAAUAUUUAACUUUUAAAAAAUGUUUUUGACUGUUUUAGUUGGCAAAUUACACAUUUUAUGUAAAUAAAUUUUUUAAACAAGA